UUGACGUGUCGUUAUGCAUUGGACAAUCAAUAUUAGGGGACAUGGAAUUCUUCCCGUUUCUAGAGAGUCGUGCCCUUGGACGACCCCGGAAAGAACGCUGCGAUGUUAACGCUCCAAAAGUUGACGAUGAAAUGGACGAACAACCGUUUUGCUCUCUUCGUUUUUCGCCUAGCACCACCACCGGCGAACCCGCACGAACACAGCCGAGCGCCGCUCACACAGACACGGCGCUCGUGUGCACACCGACACGAGGAGGCGAAUUGAAUUUGCCGGAAAUAUCGCGGAUCGCAAGUAUCGGGGACACGAUGUUUCUGCACUGCUUCUGUAAAUUCAUCGAUAGGACUCAUAUCGAUAUGCUCAUACUGGGCGGAUCGUGA